AUGCAAAGAGCUUUUGGUGUUGGCCAACAAGUAAAUAGUGCCGUUAAACCAUUACCUGGGACCCCGCAGAACAAAAUCCUGGUCGAGGAAGGAAUACUUAUGCUCGGUUAUCAGAGUCCGACCACCUCAAGCAUGGUGGUUGGUCUCUGUGAAGGCCUCGUAAAGGCCAACAAUGAACUAUCCAACCAAAAUAAAGAGAUCGUGCUUCAGGGCGGUAUGUGGGUUAGGCUUAUGUUCAGCAGUGGACUCAAAGAGUGCGAAAUUACGAUGAUGAUGAUA